GCUUAAAUGACUCACCACCAAAAAACACUGUGCUGACGGUUGAAGCGGUUCUUUCACGCAUAUGGCAGAGCAGGAAGAAACAGUGUCUGAGGAAAAGCUCGAUGACCUUUUUGGAGACGAAAGCGAUGGACAUGUGAGUGAAAACGAGUCCAAGCCGCAAGAGGGCACCGGCGACGCUUCUUCGAAUGUGUCGAAAAAACAACAAAACAGUACCGAUAACGGUGGUAAAAACGAAGACGCUGUAGAUGACGAAGAUGAAAAAUGGUUGUUCUCAGAUGAAGAGGUGGCCGAAGGCCACCAAGAACAGAGUGAGGGUGAAGAACAAGAACCAGAAGCACAGGUCAAAGUGUUUGAGGCCAAAGUCCCCAACUACCAUCCUCCGGGAAAGCAAGAAGAUGAGACAAUUCACGCUCACAUGCCCAAUUUCCUGUCGAUGGAGCAACGUCCUUUUGACCAUGAGGUAUACCGUACAGAGGCAGAAGCAGAUGCCGAGAUGAUCGAACACAACAUGGAAUGGGGCCAAAUGAUCAAGCACAAAGUCGACAACACCAUUCGUUGGCGCUUUGAUGAAAACGGAAAAAAGGUAUCUAAUGCACAACUGGUGCAGUGGUCAGACGGCACCUACUCGUUGCGAAUUGGAAACGACAUCUUUGAUGCUCAGUCAAAACCUGUAUCGCAACCUACAUUCCUUACUGUUUCCCAUGAAGCCCAGCACUUGCUGCGCGUUCAGGCGUCCUUCAAACAAAGUCUCACCUUCCUGCCUUCGGCCAUCAACACAGCAAAAACUGCAAGAGCUCCUGCUAUGCGGUACUUCAAUACACCGCCUCGGACGCGCGGUGUUCAAGAAAUCAUUACUGAGAAGGAUCCAGAGCUUCUCAAGCGUGAAACAGAAAAGUAUGAGGAAGAACGAAACCGUGCUCGGAGGCGGUUGGAAAAACGCAAAAUUCAAAACGGUGCCCGGUUUGGGCUGGAGGAGGACGAGGGAUUUCCCUCGUACAUGCCUCGUCAUGAGGAUUUGAUGAGAGAAGACAACGAACGAGUGGACCGUUUGCAGCGUAUCAAGCAGGCCGGCGCUGGUUACUAUGAAAACAUGGACGAAGAUGAAGAAGAUGACUUCAUCGCAGACGAGGAGGAGGAAGAAGCACACGCCCAAAGUGACGAGGAAGAAGAGGCAAGAGAAACUGCUUCUGAGGCGUCAGAUCACGGCCGUGCUCGUCGUUUAUCUGAAAUUCGCUCCAACAGAUCCGCGUCUGAAUCUGUGUCUACUCCAGUUUCAGCAUCUGCAACAUCCGUGUCUUCUCAACACACCGAAACUCAGAGACGCCCCAAACGUCGCAUUAUUGAGAGUGACAGCGAGUAAGUUUCGUACUAUUAGAUAAAAUUUCGAGCGUGUUAUGGUAGUGUGAAAUGAAUGAAUGAAUGGAACAUUUUAUCCCCUCCUAAAAGAAUGCGGACUUUGCAAAUGCAUUUACCAGAGCGUGUCCUCCUGAG